AUGUCUACUCCAAGCCGCUUCACUAGAAUCUAUCGUGCAACUUACACUCAGGCCCUUAUUAUUGGAUUUUUGUCCUUCACUCAAACUGGUAUCUACGCUGCUAUUGCCGGUUUGGGUGCCGGGGGUUUGCAGACUGUCAACACUGCCAACAUUUCAAACUCCAUUUUAUUUGGUGUUCUCGUUGUAUUUUCUCCGAUAUUUUCUAUUUUAGCCAACAAAUGGGGUAUUAAACCCAUCGGUAACAUUGGGACCAUCGGGUUUGUUUUUUGGUCCGCAGGGCUAUACAAAAAUUCAAAGGAUGGAUCUCAGGCCUUGAUUAUUGCUGGGGCCACCUUAUGCGGUGUUUCAGCUGCCGCAUUUUGGACUAGUGAAGCCACUGUUGCAAUUUUAUAUCCGGAGGAGAAUCAAAGAGGUUUAUUUAUUGGUACUUGGCAGUUAAUCAAUAAAACUGGUGGUCUAAUCGCCGGUGCGAUUUCCCUUGCUUUGAACAUCAAAAAAAAUGAGAGUGGCGGUGUUAGUUUAAAGACUUAUAUCGUUUUGAUUUCUAUCCAAUGUUUAGGCUUCCCUGCAUCUUUCCUUUUAUCGCCUCCAGAAAAAGUGAUUAGAAAAGAUGGCUCGAAACUUAGAUCUAAUAUUACCAAUAAAACUUGGAAAGAAGAAUGCCAAAACUUCAUAAAGGUCUUGAAAAGAAAAGAGGUCAUCGGUCUUAUCCCAUUAUUCAUUUCAGUGAUGUGGUUCAAUGCAUGGCAAUCUAAUUAUAUUACCCAUCAUUUCAGCGUCAGAGCAAGAUCUUUGAACUCUUUAUUAUCUGCAUUGAUUUGUGCAUUAACUGAUGUUGUCGCUGCUUACUUCUUGGAUCUCAAGUGUCUAAGCAGAACUCAGAAAGUUAAGGCAUCAUGGGCUUUCCUUGUUUUACUGAUGACUGGCUUCUUUAUUUAUUCGUUGGUACUUCAAAAACAAUUUGACUUUAGCCCUGAAUCAGGUAUUGAUUGGCACGGAAAUGCCCGUUUCGCAAGAUCAUUCAUCCCAUUCCAAAUCUUCAAAAUUAGUGGCGAAUACAUUUUCAACUGGGCUUACUGGGUUCUUGGUGCCUACCAAUUUUCCUCGGAUGAAAUUACUCACGUUGCUGCAAUCCUCAGAUCUUUUGAAUCGCUCGGUCAAUGCUUGGCCUUUGUCAUUACUGUCGUAAAUGGUAACGAUAUGACCAGUUUGAUUGUUUCCGUGGUGGUGUUUUAUGUCGCGGUGAUUCCUGCCUCAUAUUCCGUUUCACUAGUCAACGAUGAAAAAAUUCUUGGUAUUCUUGAAUCUGACACAGAUGACACUUUUUCAGAAACUAAACUUGAUAAGAAUUCCGAUGAGCUUAUUAUCGAAAAACAAGUUUGA